AUGCGAUUCCUGGGAAUUAUGUUGAAGAUCUCCCUAUCGCCAGUGGAUGGAGGAGGGUACACGGCGUACUUCAACCCCGAAGAACGUCCCAUCAUGUUCGACAGAAACAUCCGACCAAUCAAGAUCAAAGGAUCCCAGGGAUUUGCUGGUGGGAUUAUGUCGUUGAAUCGAUUCAGGCAGAUACGUGCAGCUUUCCAUCCUGAAACCAAGGUGCCGAAUGAUACAGAUAAGUGCUAUCAGCUCAGACAUGCCAUUGACACCUUCAACACCCAUGUAAAAAGCACAUUUGUGAUUGGAAGAGAUCUUUGCUUCGACGAAGGUGGCAUUGGCUGCCGUUCCCGAUUUUGUCCAGUCCGGCAAUACAAUUCGAAGAAGCCGCAAAAGUUUCGAGUGGAUCUUUUCAUUUGCUCUUGUGCCGCUUCUUAUUGCAUUCUUCACCUUGAUGUUUACCAGGGAAGGAAUGUGACGGAAGUGGGCAUUCACAAGGAUCUUGUUGGUCUUCCGACUACUCAAAAGGCACCGAUGAACGCCAUGUAUGCUCUUGGAUUGCAUUUGGAUACCUCAUCUGCCCCCAGGCAUAUGGCCCUGGAUAACCGCUACAUGUGCCCUGAGCUUGGGGUAUUGUUGCGUGAGAAAGUGAAUGUUUAUGCAACAGGUACAACCAAGUCGCUGGGAUAG